CGCCCCGAGGAUGGCAGCGCUGCCCGCACGAGUGGCUGGCGGCGGGGUCCCUCCUCCUUUUUUUUCCGGCAGCGGCGGCGGCGGCAGCGGCGGCGGAUCAUUGUUGUGUGGGAGGAGGGCGGCGGGGAUGGACUUGAUCUCUCGGGUCUCCUGCUAAGGCGGCCGCACAACGCACCCCGCCGCCCAGACAGCAUCCGCCAGGGCCGAGCCGAGCCUCGCUGGGCAGGGAGGGACUGGCCCCCGCCCGCUACCCCGGCGGCUUUAUUUUGGGGGGCUCUGCUGCUCCUCUCCCUCGCCCUUAUUUCCCCCAGCGCUCCCCCGCUCGCACACACGCACAGGGACACGCACGCACCCUCCUCCUUUGCCCUUUCAUCCUUCCCCCCCCCGCACCGCCGUCCUCCCGCGCCGUCUCCUGCCGUGGCAGAUGCGCUGGGGGUCACCGCGCAGCUGGGACUAUGGUGAAAUUUCCAGCGCUCACUAACUACUGGCCCCUGAUCCGGUUCCUCGUCCCUCUCGGCAUCACCAACAUCGCCAUCGACUUCGGGGAGCAGGCCUUGAAUCGGGGCAUCGCUGCUGUCAAGGAAGAUGCUGUGGAGAUGCUGGCCAGCUAUGGGCUGGCAUACUCCCUGAUGAAGUUCUUCACGGGUCCGAUGAGUGACUUCAAAAAUGUAGGUCUGGUGUUUGUGAACAGCAAGAGAGACAGGAUCAAAGCAGUUUUGUGCAUGGUUGUGGCUGGCGCUGUAGCUGCUGUAUUUCAUACCUUAAUAGCAUAUAGUGAUUUGGGGUAUUACAUUAUUAAUAAGCUGCACCAUGUGGAUGAAUCGGUGGGAAGUAAAACUCGGAGAGCCUUCCUUUAUCUUGCUGCCUUCCCUUUUAUGGAUGCCAUGGCAUGGACCCAUGCUGGGAUUCUGCUGAAACACAAGUACAGUUUCCUGGUGGGAUGUGCCUCCAUCUCAGAUGUCAUAGCUCAGGUUGUUUUUGUAGCCAUUUUGCUUCACAGUCACUUGGAGUGCAGGGAGCCUCUCUUGAUCCCCAUCUUGUCCUUAUACAUGGGAGCACUUGUCCGAUGUACCACGUUAUGCCUCGGAUACUACAGGAACAUACAUAACGUCAUUCCUGACAGAAGUGGGCCUGAAAUGGGGGGAGAGGCUACAAUAAGGAAGAUGCUGAGUUUCUGGUGGCCUUUGGCAUUAAUUUUGGCAACUCAGCGAAUAAGUAGGCCCAUUGUCAACCUUUUUGUUUCCCGGGACCUAGGUGGCAGUUCUGCAGCCACAGAGGCGGUGGCAAUCCUAACAGCUACGUAUCCUGUGGGACACAUGCCUUACGGCUGGCUGACAGAGAUCAGAGCAGUAUACCCUGCUUUUGACAAGAAUAACCCCAGCAAUAAAUUGGUGAACACCAACAGUACUGUCACAGCAACACAUAUCAAGAAGUUCACUUUUGUUUGCAUGGCAUUGUCCUUAACGCUCUGUUUUGUGAUGUUUUGGACACCAAACGUGUCAGAGAAGAUUUUAGUUGACAUAAUCGGAGUUGACUUCGCUUUUGCAGAGCUGUGUGUUGUUCCUUUGCGCAUCUUCUCCUUCUUUCCAAUUCCAGUGACUGUCAGAGCACACUUGACGGGUUGGCUGAUGACUCUGAAGAAGACAUUUGUGCUGGCACCCAGCUCAGUGCUGCGGAUUAUCGUCCUCAUCGCUAGUCUCAUUGUGCUGCCUUACUUGGGAGUUCAUGGAGCCACUCUUGGAGUAGGAUCCCUUCUAGCUGGUUUUGUCGGAGAAUCGACCAUGGUUGCAAUAGCAGCCUGUUACGUCUAUCGGAAACAGAAAAAGAAGCGGAAUGAGAAUGAAACAGCUACAGAAGGUGAAGACUCUGCAAUGACCGACAUGCCUCACACAGAGGAAAUGACAGACAUCGUAGAAAUGAGAGAAGAGAAUGAAUAAUAAAUGGGAUGCAAUUGUUCUCUGCAGGGACGAUUGGAGUGACACUUCAGCAUCUUGUCGUCUCUCAUACUUUUUGUUUGUUUGUUUUUAUUUUUGUAAUAAAGAGGCCUUGAUUUAAAAGGUUUCAGAUAAAUUCUCUAGCAUACUGAGUAUGCUGUCACUGAUGAGGGACCUAAAAAGAGGUCUUUGCUUUUUCUCUUUUUUUCCAAUUGAAUCUCUUUUCUCACUCCAUGCAACCAUAAAAGAUACAAUUGCAUCACUGUAGAGUCUUCCUUAUGCACCCAUCUUCUCUGGACAAUCUGCAUUUGUCAACCAAAGCCCUGCUUUCUAUGCAUGUGUGCGUGUGCGUGCAUGCGCUUGCACGCUCGCACACACACACAUGCCACUGGCUCAGUGCUACUGCCAGAAUCCUGCUCCCUCCCCUCUUUGCUUUUCCUUCCUUUUCUUUAUGAGAAAUGCAAAGGAAAAGAAGUUUGGAAUACAGAGCUUUAUUUUACUUGCUUGAAAAUGACUUUGCUACAUAAACUAAUAUACUAUGGUAAACUAUAUCUUUUUGUUUGGCUUCAUCACUAGAGCUUAUACUGCACAGGGUACAAGACAGGGAGGAACAUGUAAGUCUCCACAUACAAAGUGGAGAAAACCGGGUUUCUUUUCUCAUGUUAAAAGUGUGUGGAUGUGUAUAUACACACACAGGUACAUAAACAGAGACAUACAUAUAUAUAUAUUUAUAUAUAUGUAUAUGCAUACAAUAAAUAAAAUGCACACAGGACAAUAACUCUAUUUAGCUUUCGUUCCAUCAGAAAGGUAGUAGUCUUUUGACAAAGGUAGACAUUUAAUUCAGAAUUUUCUUGAAUCAUUAAGCCCCCCUUUACAUAUAAUUUUCUUUAGAAAAAAAGACAUGCACUUUCCUCUUGUGAAGAGGGUGAUGGCAACUGAUAGACUUUGACUGUAUUUGAAUUAAAAAGAAAUAAAUGUUGACAAGCUUUACCAAAGUUCUUGUCCACUGAUUUAACUUUAAUGUUGAAAGGUUGAUUUGCUCUACUUAUUUCUGGUGCCUAUAUAUUUAAAAAGAAAGAUCAGAUAGCGUUUGCAGGAUACCAUGGUAUGUCACGUGACUACACAUAGCUCCAUGAAAAUUUUUAUAUAGAGAUGUACACGUACUCACACUGUGUUUAUGUACAUCUACUUUACACACACACAUCUAUGUAUGCUUUGCUAUUAUCUGUUUAACUAUGCAGUAGAUCAGAAUCUGUAUGGUGAAGCUCAAGUACUGAUGGUCCUACAGGUCAUUAAUUAGGGACUGUGAUCAUGUUAGUUCUCAAGGCAAGAGUUGUGAAAGUGGGAAGCUGCUCAUAUCAGUCAGCAAGUGCUGUACUUGGGGAAGACGGCAGGCGCUGUGCGGUUGUGGUUGAAGUGGGCCUUAAAUCACAGAGCAUGAAGUUGGGUGGGUGACUUGUAUCAGGUAGAAGUGAAACGUAUAUAAAAUGUGACCAGACCAGAGAGGGUUUGGGUGCCACGGAUAAUGGCUGCAGCAGCAGCUUAUAUUUCUGUGUACUUCUGCGUUUGGCUGCGGGGCAGCGCUCGUUUCUGGUUUGUAGUAGCUCGGGUUCUUUCAGAUUUAAUCAUGCCACAGUCUGGAAAUUGUUAUCCUCCAGGCUAUAUCCAUAAAUCAGUUAAUUUAAACCUUAUUUAGUAAAAAUAUAUUUUUCUAAGUUGUGAAAAUUAUUAUUUAAUUGUGGACAAAUUCCAUUUCUAGAUUUAUUUGCCAGGUAGUCCCAGAACUCAGAGAACGGAUCAAAACUAAACAUUACUUUAAAUGUUAUAUCAAUAUAUGUGUAUGUGGACAUACACAUGUGUAUAAAUAUAUAUAUUGUAUAUUAUGUACAUUUAUUUUAAGCUACAAUACAUUUCCUAUUUUUCGAAGUUCAGCUAAAAACAUCUCUAAAAAAGCCACAGAGUUGGCUACUUAACGGCCAUCCAGUUACAGCCAUCAUGACAGGCAUUGUAACAAUGAACUUUACAUUUUAUUGUAAACAUUUGUACCGGUUUGUUACAUGUACAAAUGCAAUAAGGAAAACAAGUAGAAAUUAGUAUGUUGAAUGACAGAUUUGCAAAAUCAGUUCACAGUUAAUGAGCAGUGACACUAGGAGGGUAAGAGUAAAUCCAGUAGCCACAUGUUUUCUGUGCCACCACAAGUUUGUUCUUGUUUCUGACAAUGAUUUAAAAAAAAAAAGAUUAAAAAAUAUGACUCAGACAAAUUAACUUUGUGCAGUAUGUAUACUAUACACAUUCAUGAACACAGGCUCUCUCAAACAGUCCUAUGUAUAUAAUGUGUAUAUAGACUGUUACAGACACAGUGGCCAUUUGAGUCUUCUCUAUUCAAGUGGUUUUGAUUUCUCCGGUAUGUUUGUACCCAAGUCCACAAGAUGCAGUUUUUUUCAGGAGCUGUAGAGAUAAAGCAAGAAACUAUUUUUGUGUAAUAUUUCUUGACUAAAAUUCAAAUGGCAGUAUUUUUGAAGAAUUUUGAGCAUUACUGAUGUAGUUUCAAGGUAAUAAUUACACCAAAAAGUAAAACUUCAGAAAGCAAAUUACGUGAAAUUUUUGCUUUAGAUAGAAGAUGAACAAAUACAACAAACUGAAGUAUUGGUCAUACAGGGCUAAACUAAUGGUAUUGCAAAAGAUACAUUUUCAGUUGUAUGGUUAACCCUUAAUAGUCUUUUAUUUUGCAAGAUACUGAAUGAGCACAGGAGUGGUAGGAUUUGGGCAAGAACUCCAGCAGUGACAUAAGCAUGCGUGCAUUGCAUCUUUUUCUGCUUCCUGCAGGUCAUUUAUUUCUUUACAUUGCUCUGCUGGAUUAACAGAACAUGCUGACAUUUCCAUGAUGAGCAAGUCCAAAGCAGCCCCUUGUGCUAGGCUGGGCUGGAUGCCCACUGCAUGGGCAGGCAGGGUGAUCGUGUCCCCUGCUGCCCCUGGCUCUGCUUUGGGGUACUGUUGCCAGGAGCUGCAGUGACCACCUGAAACCUCAGUGCUCCAGCUCUCAGUCUGUGGCAAAUUCAGCUUGGCUGGUUAAACAGCCACUCUGAUGAGUUACUGGCUGGGAAAGGGCAGCUGAUAACUCGGCUAGAAGCUCCAGUCAGGCUGUCACUGGUUCUAGGAACUCCGUCAGGCAGCUGCUGGUGUGCGCGCUGUCCUGUACCUCUUCUUUCCCAAAAGGACUCUUCUGAGUUCUAAUAAAAUGACUCUCUUGUGUUACUGCUUAUGAAAUGGCUAUCUCUAUGAUAAAUAUUUUACAAUAGAAACCUAUUAAGUUUCUGUGUUGAAGAGUCAGAGCUCAGUCAUCUCAGUGAACUCACAUGAAGACUCGGCCUUUCCAGACUUUCUUGAGAAUUACUGAAUUGCACAAUUGAAGGUACAAUAAAAAGAGGAACAAAGCUGAUCUGCAUCCUACACCUUAAAUUUCAGAACAGCUCACACAGCUGGAAAUAAGAGCAGAACUCUCUUAAGAACGCUCAUAAACUGUGGAUUAAUGUUCCUUGGCUUUUAAUAUGUACAUAAAAUUGUGUUAACUUGUCUUGAGUUUUCCUUUUGCAGAAUUAAGAGGAAACACUGGGGUUUAUUCCCCCCUCACUUCCCUAAGCAGACCUCUCAUGCUUACCAAGCAGUGGACUUGAUAGAAAAAGCUCUGCAUUUCCCAGCCAGUGUUUGAGGCCAUUUGGGCACACCAGCAGGUUCCCAGGCAUCCCCUGCCACAGCCAUUCCAGGCAGGAGCACUCAGUUGCCUGCUUGUUAGAUAGAGCCACCCUGAGUGAGAGGAUCGGGUGAGUAAUAGAGAAGUUUCUUGUCUUCUACUCAUUUUGCUACUAAAUAUUUCCUUUGAGCAGGAGAGAUUUAUUUCUGGCUCUUGCUCGGUGUUCUGCCGAAUCUGCAGCCAGAGAGGGAGCAGCUCAAGACAGAGGGCAAGCUGAUGAAUGCAGCUGAUUCAGGGCAGGCCAUGAACAGAAACCUUCUGAAGGCCAGAGUGCCUUCUUUUGUGGGAUGGUGCCUUGUGCUUAAACAGAAGGGAGAAAAAAUGCUUUCAGGUCCAGGCGCCAGAGUUGCUGGGCAUAGUUUGGUGUUGGACUGCAAAGUGGCAACAGGAACAGGGCAUCCUGUGGCUCCAGCAUCCCAGCCCCACUGCCAGCAUCACUGGUGAAAUGCAAGACAGUGAAGGGGAUGGCAAGGUGGCAGUACCAGCUCCGUCUCUCACUGAGGUUUUGUGGUUGUGCUGUGAUCAGCACAGAUUUGAGUACAGAUGGGUGUUACCUGGGUAUAGUUUCAAUAGCCAUUAGUGUAUUGGAAAGCCAUUCAUGUGUAUAGGGAGGUGUAUAUGAGGGUGUUACAUGGGCAUUUUAAUUACAGCAUUUAUAUGGUUCAUUGGCUCAAGGAUUCAGAUCUAAACAUUCUCUUAAUGUGGGACUAAUACUAAGCCAUUUCUAAGAAAAUUUGCAAUUUAAAGCUACAUAAAGGCCUAAAUAAAACACCCUUUCAGAAGACCUUUAUACCAGUAGCUAAAGCAUGGUUUAUAUCAGUAAGCUGGAAUGGGAGAGAAAAAGGACAUGUUGCAGAGCUUAUGGGUGUUGUAUAUCACAGAGCAUGGCGUGGAGAGGUGUGAACCAGAGGGCAGAGGUGUUCCUCACCUUUCAGCUGCCCUGGAGAGGGACUGAAGGGUGAAGAGCUGUGCAUCCAUGAGAUACCACCUCUAAGUAUUUUGGUUUCUGAGUGGAGGAGCCAUCAGAGAGAAGAGUAUGAAACAUCUUAGAAGAUUAUUCAAGCAGAAAUAAAUUGGCAUGCAGGUUUUAUAACAUGCAGAAAAGAGGCACUACGUAGCUUGUGUUUCUGAGUAACUGGCAGAGCUGCAUUGGAAAAAUGUCACAUAAAUAUCACUUAAACGCAAGACAAAAUUAUCUCAGUUUUGGUAUGAAACUGUCAUUUCCCAAAUACCAGCUUAACCAUAAAAUGUUAAGAUUCCCUUCCCUUGUUCAUGUUUGCUUUUUACUAGAAUUCAAGUGCAGAAUACUGUAUUUUUUUAAGGGAGUAAGCUCCUGUGGAGAGGGGGUGCAGUGCAGAGCAGCCUGGGGAGGGCUUGUGGAAGAUCCCCAGUGGGAAGAGGAGCUCCACAUUUAUUCUGCACCCUGCAACACACUAUGUUUAGCUGCAGCCUGACAGUGUCCUGAAAGGAGGCAGAACUGUCAGCUUAGCAGGAAACUUGGUUCCAGCAUGGCCCUGACCUGUAGCAGCAGUGCAGAGCAGCCGGGGGGUGCAGGGGAGCCCUGGCUCCCUGCUUCAGUUUGGACAGCUUGCAUAGGUAUGCUUUGGAGAGCCAAGUUCAGUUGUCAGUGCAUAGAUGCACUCCUCAGCAAAACCAUUGCCAGACUCCUCAGUAAUUGGCACCUUCUUAACAAAAAAGCCAAAGACAAAAUUUGGGGACAGAGAAAUCAAGCUUUAAGCUUGGCUUGGAGUGCAUACUUGCACAGAAGGGCAUUUGGCUGCAGCUUAUGCAAGUUAAUUGUACUUUUAGAUAGUGAGCUUCAGUCAGCAUUUCAUCAUCAAGAUACCCACUCUAUCUCAGUAAAACAGGAGAACUGGUUUAUAAUUUUAGGUGUUCUUUUGUCUUUGUAUCCCUGAGGAGAUAGUUUUCCUUAGUAUUACCAAGCCUGUCAGUGCUCAGAUCAAUUUAUUAGUCUUACCUCAUCCUUAUCUUCUGUCAUUCCUAGUUCAGCAUCUUCAGAUGUUUCCUUAUUUUCUUCAGAAGGCUCCUGCUAGGCUUACUUUGUCUAUUGGCAUUUUGAAAAGGAAAACAUAAUUGUCAUGCUGACUGAAUGUCGAGUAGUGCUGUGAUUAAAAAGUAGCUUACAACAAAA